AUGACGUUCAAUCAAGACGAUGAGCUCUUCAUGAGGGCCAUCUCCGGAUACCGGGAUGCAUUUUUGGAUCGAUAUUCCCACCUUCCGGAAGCUGAGCGCAUGCAACUCUGGAGUAGUCGGAUCAGCCCAUUCAUUCCGGCCAUCAACGGUGACGACUCGACCCCCGGUAAAUCGGGCAAACGGACUCGACAGGAUACUCCGCGGACGCUUCCCUCUGGUUCUGGUCUUCCGCAAGCGAAACGACGAGCCACCAGCCCGGAACUUCCGGUGACCGUCGAACUGAGACGCGCACUCUCUCAAGUAUCCAAUGCAGCUACCCCGCGAGAGGAUGCUUCGACGUCAACUUACCGGCAUACGGCCCCCAUGGCACGCUCUCAGAGCCAACAAAUCCCCAUAUCUCACUGGCACCCGCCCGCCGGGGCCACUAUGGCCAAGCGACAAUCCUACGGACCUCCGAGGACGCAUCAGCUCUCAUUUGACCAUGCCAUCGACGAAUACUCGCCUUCCGAAUACACGAGGCAGCUGCAACUGGACGAUAGCGAAAAUCAGUCAUAUCCUGGUCUUGGCCACUCUGGUUCUGGUCCUGGUUCGACUCUGUCCCUCGGCCUCGCAGCGCAGGGAUUAUCAAAUGGAGCAACUCCUCUGUCGCAUCAUAGUCAUCAUGAUGGUCAGGUCUCUCCCAUGGCGGAUGCUUCCCCCGCGACAGCUGUGCAAAUGACUCGCAGCACGACCACCGAUUCCAUCAUCAAUAAUUUCGACAAUUUCCGGUUUGAUGGUACCACCAGUGCAGCUGCGACCUCGGAUCUGGAUCUGGCUUCCUCUUAUUCCAUCUCCCCAGAGUGGGUGCCAACCUCCGCAUCUGGUUUGCCCUUUCAUCACCCUCAAUCCAUGUAUCCUAACAUAGAACAACACCCCUUCCCAAUCUCUUAUGCAAACUUCUCCACCUCCGCACCCUGCACAUCUUCCUUUCCCCAUCCCAUCCCUGCAACCCGCAUCCCCGCUCCUGUUCAAAUCCACCAUGCCUUAUCAGCAGUGGAAAUGAAACCCUCCCUCUCAAUCGAGUCCCCUCCAUCCCCCACAAACCCUUCAGCACCAACCCGCGCCGCGAGACGAACCCAAGAGCAAAUUGCACACGCGACCCGCCCUAUCGCUCCAAAACGCGAGUCCGAAUCUUCCUCUUCUCCAACAACCAUUCUCCUUCAACCCGACUCCAAAGACCCCCACCAAAUGGUCCGCAUCUGUCCCACAGAUGGCACCGCCAAGCCAGUUCAAGCAAUCCCCAAAGCUUCAAUACAGCGUCCACCACGACCAAAGACAUAUUGUCAUCUCUGUAACGACCAGCCAGAGGGAUUCCACGGUGACCACGAACUCCGUCGACAUAUCGACCGAGUCCAUGCUUCCGUGCGUAAGGUAUGGGUUUGUGUCGAUAUUUCACCUGAUAAGACCUUCCUAGCAAAUUGCAAGGCUUGUCGCAAUGGGAAGAAGUACGGUGCGAAUUAUAACGCUGCAGCGCAUCUUCGCCGAACACAUUUCAAUCCCUGUCAGCGUGGUCGUGGAGGCCGUGGCAAAGAGACCGAGAAGCGUGGUGGGAAGGGUGGAGGAAACCAUCCUCCUAUGGAUGUAUUGAAGCAUUGGAUGCGACAAACCGUCGAGCGGGCAGGUGAGGAUGAUGAAUACGACGGUGAUGAGGCCGGAGAGACUGGGGCUGUAAACGUGAAGAAUGUGGAUGAUGUUUGUGGAACGAGUUAUGGAUCAGAGGAAUACUUUGAUGAGGGAAAUGGGGAAGCUGAGAUUGAGCUUGAGCAAGAAGUGGAACAGGAGCAUGAGUCCAAUCAGACACAAGAACAUCUGGGACACGGAUUCCAGGGUACUUCUGUUGGCUUGACGAGCUCUCAUCCUCAUGUUGCUUCGUUCGGUAUGGAGUCGACCCUCAUGCAUGGGUAUGAUCCGUAUUCCAUUCCUGGAUUCGAGUUGGAUCCCUCGCUCAAUGGGCCAUUUUAUAUGGACUCGCAGCCUCCGUUCCCUCCAGAGAUGGAGUCGUAUGUUAUGUGA